GACGCUUAAGAGUGGCUCAUAAGAUGUUUGCAACUUCUUCAACAACAAGCUGAGACUCAGCCAUCAAACAGUAGAAUGUGUCCCGUUGUGCCACAACCGCUGUGUGUGUCCAUUGGCGGGCACUUACAUGGCUUUAGGGUUACCUUGGCAUUCCUCCUGUCCAUGUGUCUGUCCCGUAUGACGUUCACGGCCGCCUGCCCACCACCCUGCCUGUGUGCCAGCGACAUCGUCUCCUGCAGUGGUCGCAAUCUGUCAACCGUUCCCCCUGACCUCCCAGGCUAUGUCACCCGAUUGGACCUCAGCCACAAUGUCCUCUCUGCUCUGCUUUUGAAUUGGCCAGACCGGUGUCUGGACAGGCUGACCACGCUGGUCCUCAGUCAAAACGCCAUUACCCAUCUGGCACCGGACGCCUUCGCCCCCACCCCUCAUCUUCGCCACCUGGACCUCUCGUCCAAUGGGCUGUCUCGGCUCAACGCAUCUGCCUUCCAUGGGCUCGGGGAACUGGAAGUGCUGCUUCUGUUUGGAAACCGCAUCAGUCAGACCAUGGCGGGAGCCUUCCAGGGGCUGAGCAGCCUGGAAAGGCUGUAUCUGGGCGGGAACAGACUGGCUGCCUUCCCCCUGGAGCUCUACCAGCGAGAUGGGGCUCUGCCACGUCUGCGUUUCCUGGAUUUGUCGAUGAACAUGGUGAGGCAGGUGCCCGUGCAGAGCCUACUCUCUCUGGCCACCUGGCUGCAGGGUGGCAUCUAUUUGCAGGGGAACCCGUUGGUGUGCGACUGUGCCCUGCGCGCCAUGCUGGAGUACUGGGAGAGGAGGCAGUACCGUCCCUUACUAGACUUCAGGGAGGAGUAUCCAUGCAGCCUGGGUCAGGAGGAGUGGCUGAAUUGUUCUGCUAGCCCUCAGGGUGGGUUCCAUGGAACUGUAGAAGUGUCUUACCAGGCAGAGCCUGGCGAUUGGCUUAUGGUGCCGUGCCCUGGCGUUUCUCUCCCCCUCCGGGAAGGGUUGAUGGUGUUCUGGGUGACCCCGGGCGAUGGAUCCCCGGCACUGGGCAUAACAAACAGUCAGAGCAGCCGCCUCACGGUCCUCACCAACGGUACCCUGGAGAUCCGAGGGGCUCUCCGGGAGGAUUCAGGGACUUACUCAUGCGUUGCAGUUCGCGGGCAACACCGGAGCUCCAACGAGACUUUGGAGGUCACCGUCUCCGUAGGUAACCCCAUCGGACUGGGCAAGAGCGGGGAGGAACGUAGCAGCGGCGGGGAGCAUUUUAACACGGCCUUUACCACGCUGGCGUCCUGUGUGGUCAGCAUUGUCCUGGUGCUCCUCUACCUGUACCUCACUCCCUGCCAUUGCCAUGGUGGAAAGGCCGGGGGCGUUGGUGGGUGCGGCGGGCGUGCCAUGCUCCUCUGUGCAGAUCCCAGGGAGGCGGAGCUCGCAGACAGAAGGGUCACCGGUGGAAAGAGGGUGGCCUUCCUCGAAACGGGGGGCGAGCACCCCCACAAAUGCAGCGCCAAGCACCCAGUAAUGGACGCUGCAGCCACAGAGGGCAUUUUGAAGAAUGGAAGCAGGGCCUUGGAGCAGGUCAUUGAAGAACACGUUGCGUAGCCUUCAGGGUGUGUCCUUCAAGCCCCACCAUGCAAAAUGGACUGUUUGUAACAUGGUUCUCAAAAUGCACAACAGUGAUCAGACUGCUUUUUAAUGUUAUACCUACUGUGUGGAUAGAUAUGGAAACAGUAGUUGGUGUCUUUAUGUCAACGUUUUAUACAUAUGAACCUGCAGAUAAAGAAAUAGUUCAAAAGAAAAUACAUUCUGUGAAACACCUGUGUGAAAUGCUUUAUGUAGGCAUUCAUGGAUCUAUAAUUUAAUGUUAUUAGAGGAUACACGUGGUAUACACUGUCCAUCUAAAUGCUUACUUGCAGGUUCCUAGUCUGUCAUAAGGUGCCAUGCGCUAUUAUGAAUGAUCAUAACAGGGCGAACACUGUAAAUGUAUUCUUAAUGUAUUAUAUGCAGGUUGAAUGGAUGCAUUCAGACAAAGAUGUCAGUCGACCCUGAUCAGUGUCUGGGAACUAGCCAGCUCUAGCCCCAAGCCUCCCAUGACCUAUAUACUAUUGUUGUUCUCGGUUAUUUUUGCAGGUGUGACUGUGAAUAGAGUUUUUGAAGGUGAGGAAGGGUCUGAUAUGUUACUGCUGGUAUUAAUAUAUUGAACUAACUUGGAUAUUGACAUUCAUUUAGAAGACCUACAUUUCAUUGUCUUGAUGUUGUAUGUUCAUUUAAGUAUAUAUGCAUGUCAGAUGAGUAGGCUUUUUUAUCCAUAAAUGAUCUCGAAACAGUGCAAGAGACCUGCUAUAUCUUGCAGACACCAUUUUUAGAAAGAAAACACUUCAUUUUAUCUUAGCGUUAGGCUGUAAUGGAAUAAAGCUUUAAAAAGUGUGUUCACGUACUUUGAGGUGAUGGAGUGGACAGGAAUUGAUUGCCGAGAUCCCCCCCCCACUGACAGUUCUCUAGGGGACACAUUUAACUACUGUAGGUUCCCAUUCCCACCGAUGACAAGGUAACUGGCAUCCAAAUGUGACUUGGCACGUCAAAUUGAAUGGUCACUGUACCAAACCUACAUGUUUAUAGACAAAGCCCAGAGAUCCAUGUUUUUAUGGUUGUUGUUUUUUUUUUACGAACUGUGUUGUGAGUAUUACGUGAUCACAGUAUAAUGUUAUACCACAGCUAAAUGUGACUUGUACAGACAUGUAGUAUCAGGAUGGAACCUAGUGAUUUGAAGUAUCUGAAGAAGGAAUCUGAUGGACUAAAAUCUGUGACCGUUUUUAAGGCUGUGUUGUCUCGUGCAGAGAACUCUAACUCAAUUGUGUAAUCAGGCCCUCAUAAAAGUUAUAUGUAUGGGACAUACAUGUUUGACCUGAACCCCUAGCCCCCAUCCCUUCUGUGUUUACAGAUCCGAAGGAGCCGUAUAUAUGUAAGCAAUAAUGGUGAUGGCACCAUCUAGCCUUUUUUUUUCUUAAAAAUUUUUUUUAUCCCCUUUUCUCGUGGUAUCCAAUC